AUGUCUAGUCCUCUAAAACUCACGUCUGUGAUGACAACAAAAAUUGAGUAUGCUGUGACACAGUUACAGCAGAGCAUACGGGAGAUUUUGGCAGAGUCUCCAAAUUUGAAGCAGCUACGCAAGGCUUUGAAGCAUGUGCACGAGCAGAGCGACUCCAAAGAGGUUCUUAUUACUGCUACAAGGAACCAAAAACUUUACUUGGCUGCCACGCUAAAGAGUUUAUACGAGGAAGGUGAUUUGAAGCUAUUUGAGCAGAUCGUGGCCUUUGAUGAGCAUACAAAACUGAAAGGAACAGGAAACUCCAAGCUUCGAAUUAAAAAAGACAAAUACGAGUGCAAUAACGACGACCACAUAGUUCCUGGAAUCCCUCCCCUUCCUAAGAUUAAUGAUCCUACCAUCGAGGCGACCGUGUUUACGCACAAGUCUGCAGUUGGAAACACCAAGUAUUUGUCCAAGACGGAGCUCCUUAACUCCAACAACGAGCGACUAGAGUUCCUUGGAGACUCCGUGAUCAACAGUUUAGUGACUCAGCUAUUGUUUCAGAUGUAUCCAAACUACAACGAAGGAAAACUGUCCAUUUUGCGAGCCCAAAUAGUGAAUAACAACUCGUUGGGCGAGUUUUCUCGAAUGUAUGGCUUUCCCGACAAACUGUUGGUGAAUUUUGCCAAAGACGCUGCAUUUAGCCAGGGAAAGCACAAACUGUAUUCCGACGUUUUUGAGGCUUACGUCGGUGGUUUGUAUGUGGACUCAGGAUACAACAAUCUCGACGAAAUCAAACAUUGGCUUUACCUACUAAUUCGACCUCGCUUGUCGGGCCUCACAGGAAGCUUGUAUGAGGAUUCGGUCGAUCUGAAUUCUAAGGGAAAACUGUACAGUCUGAUUGGGUCUGCUGCCAAUCCGCCGAAAUACGUCACCACUAGAGUCGGUAACGGCUUGGACGUUUCAUUUAUGGUGGAUUGCAUGAUGGGGGAUGAGGUGAUAGGUACAGGAGAAGGCCACAACCAAAAGGAAGCAGGUUUGUAUGCUGCCGAAAACGCAUUGGGCAAACACGACGUUAUUGAGAAGUACAUGAAACUAAGAGAAGAGACACCAAGGGAAGUCUCGGUGGUUGCUACCAAAAUACCCGAAACCACUCGAAAGCAGGAACCUCUACCCGAAAUCAACCCGCAAGACGAACAAUUGGUACUACCUGUGCGUGUGGAAGCCUCAGACGUGAACGUGAACUCUUCCGACAAGCUGUAUUCGCUGCUGUCUAAGAACAAAAUUUUGCCGGUGUACAAAACCACUGGCAAGGGAACGCAGUUUACAACAAUGCUCACGAUCAACGACGUGGACAUCUGCUCCUCUGUUGGAACGAGUAAAAAGAAGUCAAGGAACCAGUGCGCGAACUUUGUGCUGGAACACCUGGGCGUUUUGAAUCAGUGCCACGCUUUCCUGGACUAA